AUGGAGAGGCUAGAGUUGUCGCUUGUUCUGCUGUCUUUCAUGGUGUGUGAAGUAGAUACAAUCAUGUGCCCUGAGAAUGAUCCAGUCCCUGUUCCACAUGAAUGGUAUCACCCAGGAGACCUCCUUGUUGGUGGGAUUGCUUCUCAAAUUUCUUAUGACCUUCACAUGGUUGAAUUCAAAGGACAGCCUUCAAAGACUUUGUUUGAGGUUCCACAACUGGUGACAAAGUUUUAUCAGCACACCCUGGCCUUGGCAUUUGCUGUUCAUGAGAUCAACGAGAAUCCCAGCAUCUUACCCAAUGCCACCCUCGGUUUCCACAUCUCUGAUAGCUAUCAUGAUGCAAAGAUGACUUACCGUACCACCUUGGAUCUGCUCUUCAAAUCAAAACGAUUUGUCCCUAAUUACAAAUGUGAUACUAAAAGAAAUGUGAUCGCCAUCAUUGGAGGACUCAGUGCUGAUGUUUCCUUCCAUAUGGCUGAUAUCUUAGCAUUGUACAAAAUUCCACAGGUGGUUCCUGUUUCUGUGUGCAAUGACCACUGUCACCCUGGUUAUCAGAAGGAAAAGAAGGAAGGAGAGAAAUUCUGCUGCUACGUUUGUGCUCCAUGUCCUGAAGGAAAGAUUUCAAGCCAAAAGGACACGGUUGAAUGUAUCAAAUGCCCAGAAGAUCAAUAUCCAAGCAAGACCCAAGAGGCAUGCAUUUACAAAGUUAUACAUUUCCUCUCUUUUGAUGAACCUUUAGGGAUCAUUUUAGCCUCAGUGGCUGGUACUUGUUCCUUGGUCACUGCCUUAGUGCUGGGAAUUUUUAUUAAACACAAUAAUACUCCCAUAGUCAAAGCCAAUAACCAGAAUAUCAGCAACCUUCUGCUCAUCUCUCUCCUGCACUGCUUCCUCUGUCCUUUGCUCUUCAUUGGGCGACCUAAGAAAGCAACCUGUUUCCUCCGACAAUCGGCUUUUGGCAUCAUCUUCUCCAUGGCUGUUUCCUGUGUAUUGGCCAAGACCAUCACUGUGAUUGUGGCUUUUAUAGCUACCAAGCCGGGGUCCAGCAUGAGAAAGUUGUUGAGGAAAAGACUGACCAACUCCAUUGUUGCUUCCUGCCCUUUGAUUCAAGGAGUCAUCUGUAUGAUAUGGCUAGGAACCUCACCACCAUUCCCAUCUUUGGACAUGCACUCUAGAAAUGCAGAAAUAGUGGCUGAAUGUAAUGAAAGCUCUAACGCUAUGUUUUACGUUGUUCUCAGCUACAUGGGACUUCUGUCCGCCAUCAGCCUGUUUGUAGCUUUCUUAGCCAGAAAGUUGCCUAGCAGUUUUAACGAAGCCAAGUUUAUCACCUUCAGUAUGCUGAUCUUUUGCAGUGUUUGGUUGUCUUUUGUCCCAACCUACCUGAGCGCCAAAGGGAAAUACACGGUAGCUGUAGAGAUUUUCUCAAUCUUAACUUCCAGUGCUGGGUUACUGGUUUGUAUCUUUUUUCCCAAAUGCUACAUUAUUUUGAUAAGGCCAGAGUUGAACAACAGGGAGCUUCUCAGAAGGUGA